GUGUAGUUCAGUAAGCUCAACUGCAAAACCUGAAGAGGCGUGCGGUUCAAGCGAAACACUCGAAAGAGCAGUGUCCCUCACCCCAACCACCGCCCCCACAAAUCCCUUCUUUCUCACACUCAAAUACCCUCUCAACAUUUUCUUGCACAAACCCAAACCAUCCUUCGCCGGCUCUGUAUUUCUGUUCAGCUGCCAAAAAGAUCAGAACUUGAGACUUUUCUGGGGUUUUCGUUGACUUAAUUGGGGUGUGUUUGGCGGGGAAAAGUUUGGGUGGUUGAUUGAAUGGGAGUAGAGAUUAAUACCGCAAGGGGAACAAUUCAUGAGGGUGAUGAGGAAGUCCUAUAAAGAUUCACUCAAAGCGCUUGAAGCCGAUAUUCAACAUGCCAAUACCUUGGCUUCUGAUUACCCAAGAGAAUAUGAAGGGGCUUGCCUUCAGAUGAGGCUUUCUUAUAGUCCCUGUGCUCAUGUCUUUCUGUUUCUUGUUCGGUGGACUAAUUGUCAUCUCGCGGGUGCAUUAGGAUUGCUCAGGAUCCUAAUAUAUAAGGCUUAUGAGGAUGGCAAGACGAGUAUGUAUGUGCAUGAACGAAAAGCUACUAUUAAAGAGUUUUAUGGGGUAAUAUUCCCGUCUCUUUUGCUACUCCAACGGGGCAUAACUGAUGUCGAAGACAAGAAACAGAGAGAGCUCUGUGCAAACAAAUACAGCAAAAGGGACGAGACAAGCAAGGGCAAGAUUCCCGAGGUUGAAAUCGAGAGGGAGGAAGAGUGUGGAAUCUGCAUGGAGUUGAAGACGAAGGUUGUUUUGCCGGACUGCAAUCAUUCUUUAUGUAUGAAGUGCUAUAGGAAGUGGCGUGCUCGAUCACAGUCAUGCCCGUUUUGUCGGGACAGUCUGAAAAGGGUGGACUCGGGCGACCUCUGGAUCUACACACACAAUAGCGAAAUUGCAGACUUGGGUGCAAUUGCAAAGGAGAAUUUGAUGAGACUUAUCAUAUACAUAGAGAAGCUGCCUCUCAGCAUUCCAGAUCCAACACUUGUUUCCUAUGAUCCUUGCUUUAGAUAAUGCUUAAUAUUAAGGGGUGAUUUAAUUUGUACAUAUAACAACAAUGGUUUUUUUUUUUUUUAUUGCUUCUUUGCUUCAGAACUUUAUUACAGUAUAGGUGUGUUGGCCAUUGCCAGCAAAGGUUGAUAUGAUUUCUGCAGUGUAAUUAUUUCAUUGUUAAUGUACAAAUGGAUUCUUUUCAAGAUUUUAUGCUUGCCUGAA